AUGCUAAUGAAGGAUGUAGACAUUGAAAGUGUCAGAGGUUUCACAGAAGAGUCAUCAGCAGGCCAGAAGUCACGAUAUUGCUUGCCAAAGUUAGAAUUGGUGAAGUUUGAUGGUAACCCCAGAGGGUGGUUGAAGUUUUGGACUCAGUUUAAAGGGAUUUGUGAGAAUGAAAGUAUCUUAGCAGAGGAUAAAUUCCAGUAUCUGCUCCAGGUCACUAAGAAGAAAUCCAAGGCACGUGAGAUUGCAGACAGUUUUCUGCCAAUGGCACAGAACUAUCCCAAGUUGAUAGCAUAUAUGAAAGAGCAAUUUGGGAGUGAUAGUACUUUAAUACAAGUUUACGUGCGCGAUAUUUUGAAACUUGUCAGACAAUAA